AUGACGAGCAACAAGACAAGGCGACCUGGCGAACCUCCCCUGGACCUGGGCAGUAUCCCCUGGUUGGGCUACGCCUUGGAGUUUGGAAAAGAUGCUGCCAGCUUCCUCACCAGGAUGAAGGAGAAACAUGGGGAUAUCUUUACUGUGCUGGUGGGGGGCAGGUACGUCACCGUCCUCCUGGACCCUCACUCCUACGACUCCGUGGUGUGGGAGUCGCGCACCAAGCUGGAUUUCCACGCCUACGCUGUCUUCCUCAUGGAGAGGAUUUUUGAUGUGCAGCUUCCGCACUACAACCCCAGCGAUGAAAAGGCCAAGAUGAAGCCGACUCUCCUCGUGUGAGACCUGCAGGCGCUCACAGAUGCCAUGUACACCAACCUGCGCACUGUCCUGCUGGGCGAUGCCACAGAAGCGGGCAGUGGCUGGCAUGAGAUGGGUCUCCUCGAUUUAUCCUACAGCUUCCUGCUCAGAGCCGGCUACCUGACUCUGUACGGAGUCGAGGCCCUGCCUCGUACCCAGCAGAGCCAGGCCCAGGACCGUGCCCACUCAGCCGACGUCUUCCACACCUUCCGCCAGCUCGACCUGCUGCUCCCCAAACUGGCGCGUGGCUCCCUGUCAGUGGGGGACAAGGACCACGUGGGCAAAGUCAAAGGUCGCCUGUGGAAGCUGUUGUCCCCAGCCAGGCUGGCCGCCCGGGCCCAGCGGAGCACCUGGCUGGAGAGCUACCUGCUGCACCUGCAGGAGAUGGGCGCGUCGGAGGAGAUGCAGGCGCGGGCUCUGGUGCUGCAGCUCUGGGCCACACAGGGGAACAUGGGCCCAGCUGCCUUCUGGCUUCUGCUCUUCCUCCUCAAGAACCCCGAGGCCCUGGCUGCCGUCCGUGAAGAACUCAAGCAUGCCCUCUCUCGAGCAGAGCAGCCUGUCUCACAGAUGACCACCCUCCCACAGAAGGUUUUAGACAACAUGCCUGUGCUCGAGAGUGUGCUGAGUGAGACCCUCAGACUCACGGCCGCGCCCUUCAUCACCCGAGAGGUUGUGGCGGACAUGGCCAUCCCCAUGGCAGAUGGGCGGGAAUUCUCCCUGCGACGCGGUGACCGCCUCCUCCUCUUUCCAUUCCUGAGUCCCCAGAAGGACCCAGAGAUCUACACAGACCCAGAGGUUUUUAAGUACAACCGAUUCCUGAACGCUGAUGGAUCAGAGAAGAAGGACUUUUACAAGGAUGGGAAGCGACUGAAGAACUACAGCAUGCCCUGGGGUGCUGGGCACAAUCAGUGCCUGGGGAGGGGUUACGCCAUCAGCAGCAUGAAACAAUUCGUGUUUCUUGUGCUGGCACACUUUGACCUGGAGCUGGUCAACCCCAACGUGGAGAUCCCUGAGUUUGACCUCAGCAGGUACGGCUUCGGGCUGAUGCAGCCAGAACACGAUGUGCCCAUCCGUUACCGCAUCCGGCCGUGAACAGACCGGGCUCCACACGCUUGCCCCCACCCAGCCUACACCUGGAUCGCCCAACUUUCGGUGUCCACAUCUGGCCUGGGUGCACAGCUUCAAACACCCAACAGUAUCAGCUUCAGCAUUUUACUGCUUUUUACCUGGAAGGCUGGUUGGGGGAAGAGGGAAGAAAGGAAACUGAGAGAGGAAGGUUUAGACCAAAAUGAGACUCUUUCUGCACCUGCUCACCUUGCUCCCCUCACCUUAUGACACCCACAAAAGUUAGGGCAAACGGGGCAGAAUAGGAGUCCCGACUGCUGUGCCCCAACUCCCAGAGGGGCCACUGUCCAAGCCCUUGACAAUGGUGUGGUUGAGGCCUUAACCAUUCAAAGCAGAUGCUGGCCUUAAAAAGGCCAUUUGAGACCUAGCAGUGUGUCCCUUGAAAUAAGCUGUUCCCCAAAUUAUUCUCUUUUUUUUAAUCUGCUAAAUCUUUUUAAAAAAUAUAUUUUAUUGAUUUUUUUA